AUGGCCAACUCCGCGGACAUCAUCCUCCGCAGCCAGGGGCUGCUCAAGAAGUACGAGCAUUACCUCCCCGAUGAGAAGCCCAUGGCGCCGGUCACCGGUAAGGUUGACGGUUUCACCACGAUGUUCAGUUCCCUCCAGUUCAACCUGAAGGAUCUCAUCGCAAAAGCCGAGGAGAUCAAGGCGGAGAAAAACAAGGCCGCCAUCGCAACCGCCAACGCGGAGAUCCGUCGGGGUAAGAACUACCUCCGCGGCGAACUACCCAAGCUCCGCAAAAUGAUGGAGAAGAAGAUGAGAGGGCUGACGGACGAGGAGAAGGAAGAGCGCGUCUCGCAGGUUGACAACUUUGAGUACCAGAUUGAGUGCGUCCCAGACGGAGUCAACAAGGCGCCCCCCAAGGCGCCCAAACCCCGGGGCGCGGGGAACGACGCCGGCGGUGGCACCGGGGGCGGAGCGAGGAGGCACGUCACGAUCAACAUGGAGGACCUCGAGAAGGGCGAGGGGGUGAGCAUGGAGCACAGCAAGGAGUCGCGCGCGUUUAGGGAUGAGUUUGAGGAGGCGAAGCAGAGGCAGGACGAGGGUCUGGACGAGAUCUCGAAGGGUCUCAGCGUGCUCAAGAACCUGGGCGGGGAGAUGGACGACGAGAUCAAGCGGCAGACACCGAUCCUGGACGUCAUCGACGAGAAGCUGGACAGCACGACGAGCGAGAUGAGGACCGCAAACGGGAAGCUCAAGAAGGUGAUCACUUCGAUGCGGAGCACGAGGAACUUUUGCGUAGACGUCAUCCUCAUCUUCCUCAUCCUCGGCAUAGCCAUGUUCUUCUUCAACAGCUUCGGAUGAUCACGGGAUGGGAAUCGCCUCCCAUAUCUAGUCAUCGCCGGCGCGGUCGGUUUUGUAGCAAACAAAUCACCUUCGUAGUA